CAACUUCCGUACCAUUUUAUAGAUUUCUUUUUGGUUCUUGGUUUCCCUUUUCUUGUCGGCGGAUCUGUCAGCUUCUGUUCAUUCCUUGUCUCUGUGUGACGUAUUGAUUCCCAUAUGAUUUGAUUUCCUCGGAUCUGACCCAAUGCCGCCACCACCACCUCGACCUAAGAAUCUAAGCCUGAGUAUAACCAACCCGCUCGUGCUGUAUCGCGCGCUCGUCGCGACCAAGAAGAUCAAACCGGACCCGGCGCAGCACAGGCUAGCUCUGCAGUUACAAAAACUCUACUUUCGACUCAAAGAUUAUUCUCCCGAGGUCGAGUAUCGGUAUCGUCUCGAGAAGAUUGGGAGAAGUGUGGGGCGACGGUCAGGGUCCGGGUCCGGGUCAACAGGUGCUUCGUCGACAGACACAGGCAUCCAGACAACCCGUACCCACGAUGGUGACGGUGCACAACAGCAAAAUGUCUCCUCCAACCGAGCAGCGGCGGCCAAAGGCAGAAGCAACAACAGCAGCAACAGCAUCUUGUCGAGGAGUCUGGCAGUGCUCGCCUCGUCGACGAAGGCGCGUCUCGAUCCUUCGAGUCUGGCUUUGACCAGGACCACGCCACUCCACCAGUCGGCCUUGCAGAUCGACUCACCUCUGGGGUUGUUGCUGUACGGCGAAGUCGGUCGGGGCAAAUCCAUGCUCCUCGACUUGCUGUACGACAGCUUGCCGUCGCGCAAGAAGAGACGAUGGCACUUUACGACGUUCAUGCUGGACGUUUACCGGCGGAUCGAACUGGAACGGACGGAACGCGUGGCGAUGGAGGCGGCGCCCGAGUUGGACGGUGGUGGGAGACGGAGGAGGAGCAUGUUUGGCGGAGAUCAAGGCCAAACCGUGUCGGACCACGAAAAUGUCGUCUUGAGUCUGGCCAGGGACACGAUCUGUGACAGUCCAAUCUUGUUUCUGGACGAGUUUCAGAUGCCGGAUCGAACUGCCAGUAAACUCGUCGGAUCCUUUUUCACGAGUUUUUUCCACCUCGGAGGCGUUCUCGUGGCGAGCAGCAAUCGUAUGCCCGAGGAGUUGAGCAAGGCCGCGGGGAUUGAAUUUGCGGCGUUGCGGAGAGGAACGACAACAACGGGAGCCGGAGGGUUUUGGGGCUUGGGUUGGGGCAUCGGUCGCGAGACUGAAGGAGAGAAAAGUGCAAAGACGGAUUUUGGUUUGUUUUUGGACGUACUCAGGGCGAGAUGUGAGGUUUGGGAAAUGGAAGGAGAAAAGGAUUGGAGGAGGGAAGCUGACGAUGUUGAUCAGGAUGGGGGUCUGUCUGGUCUUGCUAUGAUUGGCCAGAGCGACACAACAUUCGACAAUGUCGUCGGUACGGAUAUGAGAGGCACAGAAGGAGGGAGCGAUGGUAUUGCUAGUGACGACGUCGAUGGUGCCCCCAAGGACAACGAACACGGUCUUGUGGUGGGAAGCUCGACAGACAUUACAAACGAAACGACACCACAGGCAUCAUCAGACGCACCACCGCAUUACCACGUCUCGAUCCCCUCUGUGCCUUCGUCGUCUUUCGAGACAGACCUGAGGAGUUUGAACCCGCAAGACGAGUGGACGCCCACCCACCUCACCAUCUACGCAAGACAGAUACACCUCCCGCACACUCAUAAAGGGAUCCUAAAGUCUUCCUUUUCUGAUUUGUGUGCCACCUAUCUAGGUCCCGCAGAUUACGUCUCGUUGUGCUCGACCUUUCACACAUUGGUCCUCACAGACGUUCCAGUCUUGACACUGACCCAAAAGAACGAAGCAAGAAGAUUCAUCACGCUCCUUGAUGCAUUGUACGAGGCCAAAUGUCGAGUCCUGAUCGAGGCAGAGGCUCCUCCUGAUAAGUUGUUCUUUCCUGAGAUGAGAAGAAGAACAAGGGCAGGUGUUCAUGAUGAUGGUCGUCACGAGGGUGAUGAUGGUGGCAAUGAUGAGACUGACAGCAUAACAUCCGAGGCGUAUUCCGAAAUCUAUCAAGAUUCCACUGCUCCAUUUCGACCAAACGUUUCGAUUUACAAUGAUGGAAACGUGAGAAGUUCAGAACCGGAUGUGGACGUGGUGUCAUUCACGGCAAGUCUCGGGGAUGUCUCUAGAAGGAGUGUACUGGCGGAUGAAGAUGCCGAUUUUGGUCCGACUUAUGGAAACGGGAGAGGGAGAGGUAUCAGUCGAGCCGACAGCGCAGAAGACGCAAUGUCGAGGCGGCAGGCCACGAGUCCAGACUUUACGACGACCAGCGCAUUGACCGGGGAGGAUGAAAGGUUCGCUUACAAACGUGCGAGGAGUCGUCUUUGGGAAAUGUGUGGUAAUAGAUGGUGGAGCCAAAGAACUUUGACCGACGACGAGGGUGAGGGUGAGAACGGAACCGUGAUGGAUUGGUGGAGACCUAUAGGAAGGGAAGGUAGGACAUGGGAAAGAUUCAGGGACCAGGAUUUGAAGGAAGAAGUGUUGAAACGGCAAGGACAAGAGCAGGGACGAGAACAGAACAAGGGUGGAUCUGAGAGUCAUCAAGGACCGGAACGAGCGAAUGAUGAUGCAAAGACGGAUUCACUUUUCAAACAUGGUGCUUCACCUUUUAGAACUUCAACGUCACCACCGCCGAAAUUCGGAUGGCAACAUGCUUGGGGGAUGAUGAAAUGGGGGAAGAAAGCUGGACGUUGGGGACGAGGUGUCGAUGGGUUUGUGAACACCAGGGGUACGGACGGAGGUGAAUCUUCUGACCAGGAAGAGACGGGCAAAAGACGAUGAGCUUGGGAAUACUGGGACUUCAGAUUUGUUCUCGUCUUCGUUCCCCGUGAUUGGAUAUACUAGGUAUGUUGAGG